AGAAAAAAACGUGUUCGGGUUCCGGGCGGACCACCACAGUCACGGUCCCUGCAGCUGCUGUAGAGUCUGUUUGUCUAAAUGCUGAUCAGUCUUCACCCAGUUUAAAGGUGAAACAAAAUGAAAAUCAUACAACUAACAAAUGAUACUCGCAGUGGAGUCUGACUUAAAGGCAAAAUAAGAGACUUUAUUUCUGUCUGGAAGUGUUUCAGACAGGCGGGCAGGUUGAUGCACCGUGUCGGUCUUCAUGUUUCCUGAAACGAACAGAUCCAAACGAUCAACCAACGUGGUUAGUUUUAGUCGUCGGGCAAUCUUCGCCUGCGUAAAACCUACGUCAUCAGUGCUUUGGCGUCUUUUGACGUGUCUCCAAUAAACAUUUCUUAUUCAAAGACCACACCAUACAGCCUACAGCUGUCGAGACCCACUAGCCCCGUGGUUCUGGUGAUUCUGGUCGUGCUGCGUCCUUCUCUGUCCGUGCGUAAAGGAGAAGGCAUGCUCUGGGACAGCACCGGCAGGCUUCACGCACUUUGACAGAAAGCAGCAAGACGCCGAGUGAGAGUGAGAGUGAGUUGGGGGAAGAAAGUGUGUGGGAGGGUGGGAGAGGAGAGGAGCCCUCCCCCCCGCCAAAUGUCUCCAUGAAUCGACUCCUUCAUAACCCAACUCUUCUCCUGCCUUGCGCAGAUGGCCAAAGUGUCCAAACCGGCCACGGGAUGACAAAGAUGAGAGCAGAGUAGAGAUUUAACUCUUCACCCACUGCUUUGUUUUAUUCACUGUGUAGUGACAGUCAAAGUAGUCAAACACCCUCAGGCGAGAGAGAGCACUUGGCUACAUGUGAAUGUCUGCCGGUCUCCCAGCGCACUGCGCUGGUGAUGCCAUGCCGAGAAGUCACACCGGCGACGAGAGUGGCGGCACCGGGCUCUGGCUGAAGACCUCAACGGGACGCCGGCUGCAGGACUACCCACUGAAAGAUGUGGAGUCUGGGCGGAGGACAAUGAACAACGCGGUGCGAGUCGGGGACGGUCUCCUGUCUCCCAGCGCUGCAGGUGCGGUGGGAGCGGAGAGGAAGCAGGGCGCCCGGCUCAGCCUGCUGGGGAAGCCGCUGACCUACAGCGCACAGAGCGGCCGCAGGAACGCGCGGUACCGACGGUUCCAGAAUUACCUCUACAACGUGUUGGAGAGACCGAGGGAAUGGGCUUUCGUCUACCACGCUUUUGUGUUCAUCCUGGUCUUUGGAUGUCUGGUUCUCUCUGUGUUUUCCACAAUCCCCGCUCACCAGGAGUUCUCCUCACACUGCCUGCUCAUCCUGGAGUUUGUGAUGAUUGUAGUGUUUGGUCUGGAGUACAUCAUCAGGAUAUGGAGCGCUGGCUGCUGCUGCCGCUACCGAGGCUGGCAGGGACGCCUCCGCUUCGCCCGUAAACCGUUCUGUGUCAUAGACAUCAUCGUACUCAUUGCCUCGGUUGCCGUGGUUUCAGCCGGUAGCCAGGGUAACAUCUUCGCCACAUCUGCGCUGCGUAGCCUCCGUUUCCUUCAGAUCCUGCGCAUGGUCCGCAUGGACCGCAGGGGAGGGACCUGGAAGCUGCUGGGAUCUGUAGUUUAUGCACAUAGUAAGGAGCUGGUGACUGCCUGGUAUAUCGGUUUCCUCGUGCUAAUCUUCUCCUCCUUCUUGGUCUAUCUGGUGGAGAAAGAAUUCAACAAGGACUUCGCCACCUACGCCGACGCUCUGUGGUGGGGCACGAUCACCCUCACAACCAUCGGCUACGGUGACAAGACCCCGCAGACGUGGACAGGAAGGUUGUUAUCAGCUGGCUUUGCUCUGCUGGGGAUCUCUUUCUUCGCCUUGCCAGCUGGCAUCCUCGGGUCAGGUUUUGCCCUGAAAGUCCAAGAGCAGCAUCGACAGAAGCACUUUGAAAAAAGGAGGAACCCAGCUGCCAGCCUCAUCCAGUGUGUCUGGCGUAGUUAUGCUGCUGAUGAGAACUCGGUUUCCAUUGCUACCUGGAAGCCUCAUUUGAAGGCGUUGCAUACCUGCAGCCCCGCCAAGAAAGAGCAGGGCGAGACCACUUACAGUCAGAAGUUGAGUUUUAAGGAGCGGGUCCGGAUGGCGAGCCCACGGGGUCAAAGCAUGAAAAGCAGACAGACGUCCAUCAACGACCGCCAGCGUUGUUCCCCUGGCAACGAGGUGGUGGGAGGCACCGAACUGAUGGGUGGGAGCCCGGCAAAAGUGCAGAAGAGCUGGAGCUUCAACGAUCGGACCCGGUUUAGGCCGUCACUGAGGUUGAAGAGUCAGACGCGCACUGCUAUCCCAGAUGUGGAUGCAGGCAUGACCACGGAGGAUUCCUUUGAUGAGAGAGGCUGCCAUUGUGAUGUUACAGUGGAGGAUCUAUCAGCUCCCCUCAAGGCUGUCAUCAGGGCUGUCAGGAUCAUGAAGUUCCACGUGGCAAAAAAGAAGUUUAAGGAGACGCUGCGUCCGUACGACGUGAAGGACGUCAUAGAGCAGUACUCUGCAGGACACCUGGACAUGCUCUGUCGCAUCAAGAGUCUGCAGACUAGACUAGACACUGUAGUGGGUCCCGCUCCGAGGCCUUUCAGCAACCGCGUCAAGACCUUUUCCUCUCCCUCCCUGCAUUUAUAUUACAGCCAAGCCCGGAGGAAACAGACUGCACUGGGGGUGGAUCAGAUUCUGGGAAAAGGCCAGAUUCCCGUGGAUAAGAAAAUGAGGGACAAACUGCACCCAGAUGGAGAAUCUCUGGAGGGCAUGAGCAUGCUGGGACGGGUGUGUAAGGUGGAGAGGCAGGUAACAUCUAUUGAAUCAAAGUUGGACUCUUUGCUGGAUGUUUACCGCCAAGUCCUGCAGAAAGGCCCCUCAGCACUCACUCUCUCCUCCCUGCCCCUGUUCGAGCUCGACAACCACCAGCACCACAACUCUGAUUACCAGACCUCCAUCAUUGGCAGGGAUCUUCCAUCUCCCCAGGGAGGUGAUCCAGUUGGAGGCGGAGGAGAUAACAACAGGGGCAUACGCCGUUCUCUUAGCGCCAAUCCAAGAGGUCUGCGUCUCAUACUUGCACCUGCCGAUGAUGACGGCCCCCCAGAUUCAGCACCUCCAUCCUAUCCCCCAUCAACGGCCUCGCUCUCCCCGUCACCCCUGCUGCCUCCCGAUAGCCCUUACCCAACCUUGGUCACCCCCAAUGGGACUUCCAAAAGAGCACACUUCCCUGACCUGCCACCCCCACCUCCCUCAACAGGGGGUUUCACCCUCCGGCUGCCCCCCAUGGUGCACCCCUCCCAUCCCCGAUGCCCUGCUGACCCUGUCCCAGAUGAUAUGACAGGUGGAGUGGCGGUGGAUGAGGGGAGUUUGGGCCCCUCCGUUGUUGUUGGAUCCAGUGUGGAUGCUGACCAGGGAGGGGACAGUGAGGCAGGCCCUACCCAGGGAAGGGUGCAGCUCCGGGAGAAGCCUGGCUUGAAAUCUGAGGGGGUCUGGAGGAGGCACUUGAGCCUGGAGGCAAACCCCCUGCUGCUGCUCUCGUCUAGCCCAGACGAGACACCUUCAGACUGGGGAGGCAGUCUCGGUAAAUCCCUCUCUGUGCACAAUCUCAGCCAGCCUUUGACCAACCGUGCUCCUGGUCUUUCCUCAGCACUCAACAACAGCAGCAGCAGCAACAGUAGCGAACGUGGCAAUCCCCACGGUGUCCUUAGCAACUGGGACGGAGCAGAACUCUUCAUUAGUGAGUGCAAACUGGAGCCAACAGAAGAACAUUUCAACUUCCUGACCCAGGAACCUGCAGGCCCCUCAGACCUUUUACAGACUGUGGAGGAGGCUCCACCUCACCCUAAGGGAAACUCUGAGUUUCUCAGUCAGCCUCCACAUAUACAGCUCGCAUAACUUCAAACACACACUGACACACACGCUCACAUACUGUAUGUACACACCAUUGUUAGAGAAGCCACUUUUAAAGUAUUUUUACAGGACACUCUACAGAUUAUUCUGCAUGUUCUUACAUUUUGUCUGACACGAUUAUGUCCACUUUCAUACACAAAUAUUAUUUUAUAUACUUCUUUUUUGGAGGUACUAAAAUGACCACAAGGAAAUCAAAAGUACAACGAUGUAUGAAAUAUGUAUGAAAUUGGGCAUAUUCAUGUAAGACAAAAUGCACAAACGAUACACAAAUACAAAUAACCUUCCUUUAAGAGAAGCUGCUUUACCUUAAAAUAUUCAGAAAUGGUAAAUUUUAUUACCUUUUUACAAAAUAAUCUACAAGAUAUCAUAUAUCAUACAUGAGAUAUGUCAAUAAAAAGGAUGAUGUUGAAAUACAGAACAAGGAAGGAAUGUUAACUGUGAUAUCUGAGCCUGCCGUCUGACACCUGCCUACUAGACAUCAGAGUGUAGAAGCAAAUCAAAUAAUUCGGUUUAUCAGGAAAACAUGUAUAAGUAUUAAUUUCUUUUCGAAGUAAUUGGAGUGUAAGUUGCAGUGUGUGCCAGUAACAAAGGUCAAAAGCGUAGUUGAACCUCAAACGAGCCACUGGAAACCACCGGUCAACCACUUCUUUCUAAACACGUGGUCAAACCAGUAAACACAGGUACAUGCACACACACACACACACACAUACACACAAAAACACACACACACACAUACAACCACCGGCCACAACCGCAGAGUACUCUGAGCGGAGCCAACUUGACAAAGAGCUGAGACUGAAAGUGACUUAUUUUUUCAUACAAGUGCUUGUAUUCAGAGACUUUUCAUGGAAGAAGAGGAGAGUCACUCGCUCUCCUUAUUCAAUAUCUGUCUUUAGCAAAUGUAAAAUGUCAUCUUUUACUUAUGCUUUCAUACAUAUCACUGCAUGGACUGUUUCCAAAAAAACUAAUGAACAAAAGGAGAAUGAUGAGUGAGGUUUAACGGGAAUAGCUGACUUAAAAAAAAAAAAAGAAGAAGAAG